UUAGGAAGAAUUGUCAAUAUGUCUGUUAAAUGUGCUAUUUGUGAUGGUUCGGCGAUAUUGAAGAGGCCGAAAACGGGUGAUGCGCUCUGCAAGGAAUGUUUCUACUAUGCCUUCGAAGAAGAAGUUCACAAGACUAUCAUUGAUGCUGGAUUAUUCACUCGUGGGGAGACGGUAGCGAUAGGGGCCUCGGGGGGCAAAGAUUCCACUGUGCUGGCAUAUGUGAUGAAAGUGUUGAAUGAUCGCUAUGACUACGGCCUUGACCUAGUGUUGCUGUCAGUGGAUGAGGGGAUAACAGGGUACAGAGAUGACUCGUUAGAGACUGUGAAGAGGAACCAGAUGCAGUAUGACCUUCCUCUGAAGAUUGUGUCUUAUGAGGAACUUUAUGGCUGGACCAUGGACGCCAUUGUACAACAGAUAGGACUGAAGAAUAACUGCACAUUUUGCGGAGUGUUUCGGAGGCAAGCUUUAGAUAGGGGAGCCAUAAUGCUGAAAGUGAAUAAGAUUGUCACAGGCCAUGAAAGUGACUACUGUAUGAGUGCCUUGUCUGUUUCAGUACUGAGGGGAGAUAUAGGCCGACUCCGAAGGUGUACUGCUAUCACAACAGGUGCUGAGGGCUCCCUCCCCAGGUGUAAGCCGUUCAAGUACACAUAUGAAAAGGAAAUAGUGAUUGAUACAGCUGUCAUAAAAGUAGCCAUAUCAGUUCUAAAGGACAAUGUAAAAAUUCUGUUUCCAGUAAAACUUUUUCUUGUUGUUAUCAUUACUCAUUAUUAUAUUAUUCAUUCAGGAGAAAGUUUGUCUGUGAAGACUUCAGUGAAGAUGCCAGUCCAAGGAAACUGUGAGCGCUGUGGCUACAUCUCAAGUAAUCCGAUCUGUAAGGCGUGUGUAUUAUUGGAGGGACUUAAUCGAGGUUUACCCAGGCUUGGAAUAGGUAAAACUCAUAAAGAGAGGAGAAAGAUAGAGGAAUUGAACAAAGAUGAAAACCCAACUCGGCCCGACCAGACAGGAGCCUCAAACGGAUCUGCUGCCACAUCAAUACAGGCCCCUAUAAAAGCUUUCGAGUCUCUCAGUCUGGACAGGAGGAAACCAGAUGUCUCCAAACUGGAUUUCUGAUUGAUUUGCUUCUCAAUAAAUUAUUAUCCAUUA